AUGCCGAGUAACUUCUCUACCUCGAGCCUGGUCGUGUUGACGAUGCGGACCUCGAGGUCCCUGAGGAAGAAGAUGCUGAGCGAGUCAUCGAGCCGAGUUGGGGGUCCUGGCCCGUCGUCACGGACUGGAGGCGCCGCCCAGGAACUCUUCAACGAAGUCGAGCAAGAGCUUGCCGCCUUCUACGCCGAAGUCGACCACGCUAAGGCGACUUACCGAAACAACAAAGCCUUCUACUCUGAACUGCCGGUCAUCAAGAAGAUGAAGCUCGCGGGAGCCAAGUGUCUGCGCCUAUUUUACCUCGAUGGCGACGACGGAGGAUGGGAGGAGUUCCUGCCUACCCGCGCACAGAUCCUAGCCUGCCGAAUGGCAAAUGCCUCCAAUGCUUUGCCCGAACAAUUCACUGGGGCUCUGAUUCACCUCAACACCAGUCUCGAAAAUCCAUCUCGCCUCCCUCCCGCCCCAAGAAGGGAAAGGAACUGGCAAAGAAACGCUCGAUCUGUGGAAGGUGGAAGGGACUUGCUAGACGAGUCCGGGUUUGAAAAGGACAAGGCUUUUGACGAGGCAAAAGCAGUUGGUUUUGUUAGGUAG